UUCAAACGAUUUUAUCAGUUAAAACAUAAAGUUGUGCUGCAGACAUCCCUGUAAUGAUGCUUAACGUUUGUUUUUUUACAUAACUGCUGCUCUGCUGUUGCCUAGUUACAAACGUUAAACCAGAGCUAACUGACAUGUAGCUAACUUAAGCUAACGGUACAUUAACGGUAACAUUAACGUGCAUAUAUCCGCCUGAACAUCCAUGUUUUUCUACACGCUUAUCAUCAUGGCGUAUCACAGCAGCAGAUGGAUAUCAAGGCAUCAGAGGUUAAAAUUUCAAAUAGUGAACGCAGUGUUCGCAACCCUUGUUCUGGUCCCCCAGUUCUACGUCAUGGGAAGGCCAAAAUCCUCAAGAUACUGCAGGCAGCCUCUUCUGAACAACCUGUCAGCCUCCAUAGCCUUGUCCUUCAUAGCUUCAGGUUUUGCAGUGAUAUUCACAUUGAUAGACCCAGUUCCUCAGGGCUUGUGGGCGUCCUGUCAUGUGUUUGGACUGAUGUCAUUUGGACAUGGAGUGUGUACUGCCAUCCUGACUCUGACAGCGGCAGCAUGUGCCAAAACCACACCCGAGCUGUACUACAUGUCCCUUAUUCUAACAGUUGCUUCCAUUUUCAGUACAGGUUUUUUCAUGGUCAGAGGAGGACUCUGGUUGACUAACAGGCUGCCUGUGACCGAGCAGAAACAAUGAGCGAUAAAACAGUCCAGCUGUCCCACGUUGACAUCCGAUACCCCACAUAUUAAGAUUUCAUGUGGUUUCCAUGCCACCAGUGGCUGGUAACUUUAAACCAUGGGAACAAAAAAAAGGGAAAGUAACUCAAUCCUUCUCACGUUUUAAUGCUCUCUUCAGCAAAGCAGAUGUUUUUUUUUUAUUUUGUUGAUGGAUUGUUUACAUUUGUUUCAUUUGACAAUUGGUCAGAAAUAUGUACUUCACAUCAAAUCAGUGUGUAAUUAUACAAAUAAAAAUGCAGCUGUGAAAUCUGUAUGCAGUACUGAAAGUAGUGUUCAGCUCACAUUGUAAAAGUAAAGCUACAUUGAGGAGAUUACAGUAGGAAAAUUAAAAGGAAAUGUUUUACAAUUGAAGCUAGAAUGUAGCAUUAAAAAGUACAGAUGACGUAUUGAAAAAUAGGUUUCAUUUCCACAAAGCAGAUCACUGUUUCAUACAGCCAGAAUUCAUUUUGCACUUCAGAUAUUUAUUCACCAGAAAUCCAUAUGUAAAAAUUUAAUUUGUCAAGCUUUAAAACAACUGGAAUAUUAUUAACUUGUGGAAACACUUUAAAAUGCAAUCAUGUGUAGAAGAUAAUAAUAAUAAUAAAGUCCAGAUGAAACGUU